AUGACACGGAGUGGUGUCAUCGGGGCUGUAGCGCACCCCAGUGAGAAGGCAGUGCGCAGGGCCAAGGAGGUACUGGGCGAGUCUUUAAGACAUGCGAAGGCAUGGCCUGGUAGGCCUGCUACUGGACCGAGUGAGGGGUCACUCGGGGCUAUGGCGGAGACGUGGUUAGGCAAGGCCGACAAGAGCGCAAGGGGGGGGUUGCUUGGUGUAAUGUACAUUAGGAUUAUGAGUGCAAAGUCUCCGGUCUUGACGCGAUGUGAGCGUGGGGGGGCUGAGGUAGUUGACAAACAGUUGUCAGAUGGUGCCAUGGACAUUGAUACACCUCUUGAGUUAAAUUUGGAUGCAGCUGGGGAGGCGAACAUCACGGAUGGUCUAACCAAGGUAUGCUAA